CCUCCUGCCAGAUAUAAGGAGCCCGAGGGCCUCCUGCUGACCACACCGCCACGUCUCUCCGGAGUGUCGCGACUUGAACAACAAUGAAGGCUCUGACUGUCCUGGCAGCGGUGGCGGCGGUGCUCGCGGGUCUGGCGUCCGCGAAGGCUGCCCCCAAGGCUGACCCCAAGGCUGACCCCAAGGCUGACCCCGGCAUCGGCCUCGGCUUCGGCGGGGGUCUUGGCUACUCCCAGAGGUUUGGGUUCGGCCUGAGAGGUGGCUUUGGGUAUGGCCUGGGCGGUGGCCUGGGCUAUGGCCUGGGCGGUGGCCUGGGCGGUGGCCUGGGCGGUGGCCUGGGCGGUGGCCUGGGCGGUGGCCUGGGAGGUGGCCUGGGUGGUGGCCUGGGUGGCCUGGGCUACGGGUACGGCCGCAGGAAGCGUGAGGCGGAGCCGACGGCUGGUGUUGGUGGCUUUAUCUCGGCCCACAAGAACCACCGGCAGCAGAGCUUCAACGCCUUCAUUCCUCCCUUCAUUGGCGGCUUCGGUGGUCUGGGCUUCGGCAAGUACGGAGGGGGCUUCGGCGGCUACGGUGGCUACGGCGGCAAGUUCAUCGGUCGCCGCAAGCGUGAGGCGGAGCCGACGGCUGAGGCUGACCCCACCUUCAUCUCGGCCCACAACAACCACCACCAACAGAGCUUCAACGCCUUCAUUCCUCCCUUCAUUGGCGGCUUCGGCGGCUACGGUCGCCGCUAGAGUGGGGCGGAGCCGACGGCUGAGGCUGCCACGGUCCGCAGGAACAGUAGCCAGGAGAGCUUCACGCGAAAUUUCUCCUCCCUUCACGGCGGCGGGCUGGGCCUGGUGGUGUUGACUACUGUGGCCAGUGCUGCCCAGCAGGCGCGCAGAACCCCCUGAAACAGUCCCACUUCGCACAUCUCAAAAAGACAGGAUCACCGUGACUCGCGCCCCCUCUGCCAAUUGGGGGAACACCUCUUCUGGGCGACAUGUUGCCUCUUACUCGCUGCCCCGACCUGGAUGUGUCUCUAAAAGCCGCUUCCUGGAACAAGAA